CCGCGUUGGCCUGGACGUGGCACCGAGGAGGAGCUGCCCCACCAGUCCAACCGAGGCUGUGCGAACCGAACCUCCGCUGAAAUGGGUCUGACCAUCUCGUCGCUGUUCUCCAGGCUGUUCGGGAAGAAGCAGAUGAGGAUCCUGAUGGUGGGUCUGGACGCGGCCGGAAAGACCACCAUCCUGUACAAACUCAAGCUCGGAGAGAUCGUCACCACCAUCCCCACGAUCGGGUUCAACGUGGAGACGGUGGAGUACAAGAACAUCUGCUUCACCGUGUGGGACGUGGGCGGUCAGGACAAAAUCAGACCUCUGUGGAGACAUUACUUCCAGAACACACAGGGCCUGAUCUUCGUGGUGGACAGCAAUGACAGGGAGCGCGUAGCGGAGUCGGCAGAGGAACUCUCAAAGAUGAUCCAAGAGGAUGAGCUCAAAGAGGCGGUGCUUCUGGUUUUUGCAAACAAACAAGAUCUUCCCAAUGCCAUGGGGGUCAGUGAACUCACCGACAAACUGGGCCUGCACAGCCUGCGCAGCAGAACUUGGCACGUCCAGGCCACCUGUGCCACUCAGGGGACCGGUCUGUACGAGGGGCUGGACUGGCUGUCCAAUGAGUUGUCCAAACGCUAAGCAGCUGACUGAUGAUGUCACCGUGUACAGAGGAAGAGGAGGAGCCUUCCGCCAGACUGUUCCUGUUUUUUUUUUCUUUUUUUAAAUUAUAGCUGUAGAAGGAAGUGAUGUCACAGACUCUGAGGUUUCCCAUCAUCCUCUUCUUCUUCUGCCGGUGUUUGUUCUUUUAUGCGCAUGUUUUAAAUCCAGAUCAUGUGACAGGAUGUUUUGGGAGAGGGGUGGGGCUUGGGGCAGGUGAGAGCUACCUGGGCAGGUGACGAGUCAUUCCACAGCCGGACCGGCGCCCCCGUCAUUCCUGCCUAAUGUGAAGAAGAGAUGAAGAAGAUGACGCAAUAAAGCUUUUUCUUGUCA